AUGGGUUCUGCUGCCGCCCCGCUGAGCGCAGAGGUUGAGACCUUUUACGGCCUAGCAACCCCUCCCACCAGUUACGGCGGCUACGGCGGCACCUCGCAGAGCCGCCAGGAGGAUGCCAAGUACAUUUUCCAGUACCCUGCCGGCUGGAAGAGCGAGAUCAUCAACAAGCGCGACAAGGGCACCCAGGGGGUGGACUGCCGGAUCUACAACCCCGCCAACAAGCUGCAGCAGGUGUUUGUGAUCACGCUGGGGCGUGCGGGGGAGGACAACCGAUCCUUCCGCAUCACAAACGUGGAUGCCACGCUGGAGGGCUUUGCGGGGGCAGACUACGACAUGCUGGAUGCGCUGGGCGAUGCGGUGAUGCGCAAGGAUGAGUUCCGGGAGGUGGAUGGCCAGCAGUACUUUGAUGUCGAGUUUGCCUCCCCCAGCCAGCACUACCUGUCCAGCAUCACCGUCAAUGCGGGCAAGGUGUACGCUAUGUUUGUCAAGUCGCCGGAGAAGAUCUUUGCCGAAAACGAGGCUUCGCUGCGCGCCAUCCGUGCCUCCUUCCGCACCGUCUGA